GCCAACUACCCUCUGGGUUUAGGAAUGAACAAAAUCUCAAUGCUUGUGGUAGAUGAGUCUCCAGCACAGGGUGAUACCCUGAUCACAUACAAACUCACUAUCUAUAGAGAAGACCGUCCGAGUCUGCCUUUGUUUGAGGACUUCACAGCAUGUGGUUUUGUGCAGAGGAGAAAAGAAAUUCUCUACCCACCUUCUGAAACCCACAAAGAGGCCAAAAUCAAGGUUGCAACUUCCUCAUCAGCUGCCAUCAAGGCUGCCUUCCCACCAUUCUCUGGAAUUCACUGGGCCAGGGUUGUUCUGUAUGCUCGUGAAAUACAGGACUGUGGCUUGCUGAUUCACCCGGAAGAGGCCUGCGGGUUACAGCCUAUUUCCUUCGACUACAUUGAAGCCAUUUCACAGCCUGAACUGAAGAUCUGUCCAUCUGGGGACACAAAAGGCCAAUGGAUCGUACCUUGCCUUAGCUGUUCAGACAACAGGACCUGUGACUGGAGAGAAAUAACUUGGCAGCCCCACAAAUGCCAAUAUGGUGUCCUAACUAAGCCUCAGCUCCAGCAGUGCCUAAGAGGAAGGAAGAAAGGCCUUGGGAUAAACGAAUGGUCUUCCCAGAGCUGUAUCUACCAGAUUCAAAAUAUGCUCUCAAGCUAUUUGCAAUUCAGAAGAACUCGGUUUUUGCAGUUGAUGAUUCUUUUCAUUGGAGAUUCAACCAACAGAGGCAUAAUGUACUAUCUGAUUGAAAGACUGAAUGACACCUUGCAGGAAUGGCAGAAGGCGCAUGGCACAAAAGUCUAUCACAACAUCAAUGGGGGAAAGACUUUGAUCAGUUAUUCCUACUAUCCCCAGUUCUGGAUAAGCCCUUCGUUAAGACCAACAUUUGAACAAGCACUUGAACAUCUCUUGCAAAGGCAACAUGUGUCUCUCUUUCUGGAUGCCAGAUCACGUCCCCUGGAGAAUACGGGCCAGACUAUAUUGGUCGUUGGUGGUGUUCAGUGGCUUAAUUCCAAUCACCUGGAAAUUAUUCACAAGGUUUUGAAGAGGGAAAAUUUGCUCAAUAUCCUUGUGAUCAUUAAAACUUUGGGAAUUGGAUUUCAUCUGCCAGUGAAUGGAGUGCAUUUCUUAACACAGAGUGAAGUUCAGAACUUGUGGAAAGAAAAUUUGGUUAUUCUGGAUGCUGCAAAAAUAUAUGGCUAUGAAGUGGUUGACACCUUCACCAUAACAAUGGGGAGAUACAAAGAGUUUUUGCAGGGGACCUGUGGAUGUCAUUUCCAUGAGGUAGUGAAAUCAAAGUCAUCCAAAGAAUAUCAUUUUAUUAAAAUGAAACAAUCAAGAAAUCAUAUUGUGGGAAAAUAUUUCAGCAAGCAAAGCAAUCUACAACAGCGAGAAAGCUCUGUGACAAGUGCUCAGUCACCAUAUCACGUCAGAGGUCCAGUUAAUCAGGUUUACUCUGAAAUCCUUCUCAGCAGACUGUGUGCAGGUACAAGGACUGUGUAGACUCGCUGCAGGAGGACUGAGUUUGGGAGUGGAGACAAGGCACCACCAGGACGACAUCUAAGAACCAAAUCCUGUACCUCACAUGUCUUUUGGACCCACAACCCCACUCCCACACCCCAGCACAUGUGUGUACCCCAGGGCCCACACAGCUAAAAAAAAAAUAGUGACAAUAACACCUUUUUCUACAGCUUUAUGAAGUCAAGUGUACACCUGAAAAUCAGUUGGUUUCAAAGGGUAAGAGAGAGGUAGAAAAAUGUUACUUGAAGGGUAAUCAUAAACUAGAACCACUGUAGGCUAUUGACCAUUGUGUUAAUGAAGAGAAAUACAGACACUUGAAUGACAUGGAAAAAGGAUACUGCUCUUGAGUAUCGUGUUACCUUCUCUAUCAGUACAUUAAUACUAAAAAGGGAAAAAAGCAAUUACAUUCCAUGUGCAAGUAGGAAUUGAGCUUGUGUCCUUUACCAGGAGAAAAUGUGGUGUUUAUGAUGGCUUAAGCUUUUGUGACUCUAGUGCUUAGGAAAAACAUCUCUUCCUAUUAUUUUUAAAUUUUAUAAUUGAAAGGAAAAGAAUAGGAAUGCUCCAUGAGGGAAUUCGAAGAGAUCCUACAAGAGAGAUAGGAAGUGUAAUAUAUUACAUUUAAAACACCGAUGUAGUUAACUUUGCACUCUGUACUUUUCAUAAACAUUCCCUCCUAUCCUGCCUGUGAAUUUGGAUGGGUGACUGCAGUCUAAGUUGAUCACAUACAUAAUUUUAAAGUGACAAACAAAAUACAGUUCCUCGUGUAUUACUUUAUUAUGUUUCACUGAUGAUAUUACUUAAGAAAGCUUUUGUUUGCCAUUAAAGCCCUAUGCAAUUUAAGAUUACAAUUACAUUUUAUAUAAACAUUUUGCAAAGGAUUAGGCAUUCUCUCAAGUGCAUAGGUAUUUAUUUCCAUAGAGCGUUAUACAUGUCCACAAAUACAACUAUGUUACUAGUAAUGGUAUUUUCAUUUUCCUGGGCAACUGUAUCUAAUCCAAAUUUAAAACAGGCAUAAAACUAUUUUUUAUUAAAACUGUGGCAUACAUAUAAAACAUAUCAAAUUCUAGCAUUGAGAACUUUCUCUUCUAUAUUUCCAUUUCAAAAUAGUAAAUACAUUUUACAAAGGUUUUGUUGUGAGAUAACAUCACACAGUUACCGGGUUUUUAAAGGCUUAUCCUUCUUUUCAUAAAAAUAAUGCUGAGAGGGUAAAUUCAAUACAUGGCUGAAAAUACCAAAUGUACAAAUACCUCAAUUUCAUUACCAUACAAAAAACAAAACAUUUCUAUUGAUCAGUUCGUUAGUAUGAAUAUCCAACUCCUUAAAAGUCUAUUUUUAUAUAUAUUUUUAUAUGUAAGUAAACAUGAAUUUAUAUUUAACUGUCUAAAAUUAUAUUUAAGUACAAAUAUCACUUGAUAUAAACAAUACAUAUCUGGAUCUGUGAGAUAGAUUUUCAAAAAGAAUGUGAUAAAAUAAGCUUUUGAUGUGAAAGAUUUUUCUAAUAUCUGCAGCUCUAUGCAAGCAUCAGUUUCAGGCUUUCAAAGAUUGUCUUUUAAUGAUAUAAAAUGUUGCCAAUUCAUGCAGCUUCUACAUCAAGUUUUAAUGUAUUUACAUAUACUAUAACAGGAUUAUAGUUGGUGGAAGUUUUUUGGAAUUUACUCGCAAGCCAACUGUAAUAACUGUCUGACUGAGGUUAAUCUGGCAAUUAACCUCUUCAUCAUUGAAAUAAUAAUGAUUUUAGAAACAAUUGUAAUAAUACUAUUAAUAAAUAAAUGUCUUCUAGUAAUA